AUGUGCAACCUCCAGGCAGACAAAAACACCUUUUACAUCACCACCUUCCUGUAUGGCUACCAGGCCUUCACCUCCACCCACCAGGUCCUGGAGAAGACGUUCCAUAGGGACUGUGGGACUUCAUCACACCCGUUUGGCAUAACACCUCGAAGACGAUACCCAAUCCAGCAGGCCCCGUAUUCCCGUGUGCUUCCCACGCUGCGCUGGAAUGGCGGUCACGGGAAGCGUGUGCUGUCUCCUGGUAAUUCCAGAGUGGUGUGCAGGCCUUGGACAGUGAGGAUUGCUCCUCCCGGGAGCAACCUGGCUCGUUUGCCAAUAGCAGCGCAGUUCCCUAAGGCCCCAGACCCGUGGUCAAAGGAGGCUGUUCUGCUUGCCCUCGAAUGUUGGAAGAGGAAGAAAAGGACAGUGGAGGAGGAGGAAGACCAAACAUCUGCUGCUGGUCAGGAGGAUAAAAGAAGGUGUGGGCCUCUGAAGAGCAGCCUCAGUUCCCAGAGCUCAGAUGGUGAGUUGCACGAGAGACCCUCCACCUCUGCUGUGAGCUGCUUGAAGGGCACGUGCACAUGUGGCAUCCAUAUGUCCAGCCGCAAUGCCAUUUCCAGUUCCUACAGCUCCACCAGAGGCAUCUCUCAGCUCUGGAAGAGGCGGCGUCCCAGUGCCUCACCCUUCUCCAGCCCAGCCUCAUCCCGCUCGCAGACACCAGAGAGGCCAGAAAAGAAAACAAGAGAAGAGGACGUUUCUCAGGAAGCUGGCUCUUCUGCUCUGCCGGUAGACAAGGAGUCCCAGGGAGAACAGGUUGCAGAUACGACCACAUGCAGGGAGCAGAACUCCUGCGAUUCUGCAGCGACACCCAGCACCUCCCGGCCACGCAGACGGAAGUUUCAACUGGUGCCUUCCAGGAAAGGGAUCCCGCUGAUCUUGCCUCCAGCUCCCAAGCUCGCUGGCCCGAUCACGGUCGAAGAGUAUUACCAGGAGGGGCAAGAUCGGUUACGGUGGCUGAUGAGCGUCUUCGAGGAUAAGGCUGGUAAGGAAUAUGUGUUAAUUUCACACUCCAGAGAUGGUUCCCGUUGGUUUUCUUUUGGUCUUUCUCCUCUGAGAAAUCCACCUCUUGGGUUCUCAGUGGACUCUGAGCACAAAACGGCCUCGAGCUCCAUCACGGAGAGCCCCCCUGCCACUCCACCGGCUUCUACUCUCGCUGUGCCUGCUGCUUGGACUGCUGCUUCCUCGGCCUCCCCGCCAGCCCCACUGACUAACCCGCAGUUUCUCAAGAACAACAUCUUCCUGAAGAACCUGAACCCCCUGGGCCUACCAUCUUUCCCAGUAUGUAUUUUCCUGCCUGACAGCCACCCCCAAUGCCCGUUCGCCCCUGACGACACCAGGUCUUCUGGGCCCUCUUGGCUCUUCACAGCCAGGGUCCCUCCCCAGCCCUCGUCAGACUCCAGGUCCACAGAAACUUUCUCGGGGCUGACCCCUGCCUCUCCCGCAAUACCAGCCUGUGAUGCCACCAAGUCACCUCUGGCCUCUCAGGCUGAGACAUCUGCCAAACCCCAGGCCCCGCCUGCCCCAGGCCCCACCCUGAAGCCCAGUGUUCCAUUUAGAACACCGAGCAGCCCACCUGCUAACCCUUCUGCCUCGGCAGCUCUUGCUGUGUCUUCAGCACAUCCCAUGUUCAAGCCCAUCUUUGUGGCUCCACCUAGAAGUGGGAAUGAGGGUCCUGUGCCAUUCAGCCGUUCCCAUGUCGCAACGGUGGCAUCUUCCAGCUCUGUCCCCACCCCGACUACCAGCAGCCUCCCCACUUUCAGUCCUGUUUUUAGCAGCACAGGGCUACCUACAUCUUUGCCCUUGUCAACUCCUUUCUCCUUCAGUCAGAAUACUUCAGGCACUAGCACGAAUGCCCCUCUGUUUCCUGGCCAGGCCAGUGUCAGUGUCCCCUCAGCAGCGGCUUGGGGGACCACCACCGGCACAGCCGCGGACUCCACCCAGAAGCCUGUCUUUGGCUUUGGUGCGAGCAGUGUGACCAGCACUGCGAGCAGCAUGACCAGCUCCACUGCUUCCACUGCCCAGCCUGUUCUCUUUGGUGCCCCUCUUGCCCCUGGGGCCAGCUCUACCCCAGCCAUGGGCUCCAUACUCCAGUUUGGCAAGGCGCUGGCCACACCUGCUCCAACAACAGCCAUGACAUUCGGCCAGUCCCUGCCUGGUGCCGUCCAGACAGCUGCUGGCAGCAGCACCGCCAGUUUUGGUGGCUUUGGUGGCACCCUCACGACCUUCACACCCGUCGCUCCGAGCCAGCCUGCACUGACAUUCAGCAGCACUGCCACCCCAGCCUUCAACAUUCCCUUUGGUUCUGGCACCAGGCCCCCCAUUCCUUCCUAUCCUGGAGUCACCCCACAGCCCAUGUUCGGGGCCACUGACAGACAGCAGAUGGGGGCCGCCAAGCCAGCCCUGGCCCCCAGCUUCGGCAGCUCCGUUCCUUUUGGAAGAUCAGCAGCUCUGCAUGUUUCCUCCUUUUUUGCAGCCACCACCUCGGGCUUUGGAGCUACAACUCAGACCAACAGCAGCGGGACCAGUAGCUCAGUGUUUGGCAGCAUCCCGUCAUCGCCCUUCAUGUCCGGGUUGUUAGCAGGCCCCGCUGGCAGUGGGGGCUUUGGGAUGAGCGUGCCUGCCCCCCACAGCAUUUCCACCACUGGGGUGUUCGGCUUUGGCGCAGGACAGAGUGGGAGCACCGGCAGCACGGCUCCUUUCUUGGGAGGCUUGAGUCAGAACUCCCUGGCUGCAGCUGGCCAGAGCACACCCUUUCCCUUCCACAUGGCUGGCACACCUCAGAACAUGUCUGUGUUUGCAGGCACAUCCACACCCACCUUUGGUCAGAACACCCCUGCCCCUGUAUUGGGUACAUCAGGCAGCAGCCUCUCCUCUGGGGCAUCCUCAGCACCUGCCCAGGGCUUUGCUGGACCUGGAACCUCUGCCACCACCUCGGGCUUUGGAGCUACAACUCAGACCAACAGCAGCGGGACCAGUAGCUCAGUGUUUGGCAGCAUCCCGUCAUCGCCCUUCAUGUCCGGGUUGUUAGCAGGUCCCGCUGGCAGUGGGGGCUUUGGGAUGAGCGUGCCUGCCCCCCACAGCAUUUCCACCACUGGGGUGUUCGGCUUUGGCGCAGGACAGAGUGGGAGCACCGGCAGCACGGCUCCUUUCUUGGGAGGCUUGAGUCAGAACUCCCUGGCUGCAGCUGGCCAGAGCACACCCUUUCCCUUCCACGUGGCUGGCACACCUCAGAACAUGUCUGUGUUUGCAGGCACAUCCACACCCACCUUUGGUCAGAACACCCCUGCCCCUGUAUUGGGUACAUCAGGCAGCAGCCUCUCCUCUGGGGCAUCCUCAGCGCCUGCCCAGGGCUUUGCUGGACCUGGAACCUCUGCUCAAAAGUCGUGUCCUCCGAGUCGCCCUGCGGGGCUGCCCGCCUCCUUGUCCCCACGCUUUGGCCCACGACUCGGUUUCCCCUCUCGGCCUCCGGCGCCCUGGAGCGAUGUGGUCUCCUUCCUCGAGGCCCGGCUCGCGGUGUCCGACGGCUGUGGGAGCCCGCCCGGCGGGGAGGCGCCCUGUGUGGCCGGCCGCCUCCUGACGCUGCGGGGGCUCCCACGGGGGGGGGGGGCCACCGGCCAGGGCCCCGCGGCUUCGCUGAACGCCCAGAACCGCAGCCCCGGGGCCCCCACGGUGCCCGGGUGUACGUUCCGGGGCGGGGGCCGGAGCUGGGCGGCCGGCGGGGCGGGGCGGGGCGGGGCGCGCUGUCUCCAGGCCUGUCUGGAGCUCCGCGGCGGCAGUGGCGGCAGUGGCGGCGCGCGGCGCAGGCACAGGCCAGGGUAG